UUUGCAAAAUGCACUUUGCAAGUGGCGAGGUGUAAAUUUUGAAUAUAUUGUGAGUUUUACAACCUUAAUUUUAAUUAGGUACUUUAAUUAUAAAUAGAAAAGCUUGUUGUCAAAUAAUUGAAGCCUAUGCAGUAUUAUUGCAUCAGCAAAAUCCUUAACAACUUAUAACGAGAGUGCUCAGUAUUUAGAAAAAGGUUAACCAUGGCUGAAAUAGAGAAUCAAGUGAAUAAUUUAACAGUUCAAGACGACGAUGAUCUUGUGGACCCGUGGAAUGUAACUGGAAAGUCCCAAACUGGAAUUGAUUAUGAUAAAUUGAUAAAAAGAUUUGGAAGUCAGAAAAUUGAUGAAGAACUCAUUGCUCGCUUUGAAAAAGUGACUGGACAAAAAGCUCAUCACUUCCUACGGAGAGGUAUAUUUUUCUCGCAUAGAGAUUUGAAUACAAUAUUAAAUCUACAUGAAGCUGGUAAGAAGUUCUACCUCUACACAGGGAGAGGUCCAUCCUCGGAGAGCAUGCAUAUAGGACAUCUUAUACCAUUCAUAUUUACAAAAUGGUUACAAGAUGUAUUCAAUGUACCACUCAUCAUUCAACUGACUGAUGAUGAGAAAGUCAUGUGGAGGGAUAUUAAGAUAGAGGACGCGAGACAAAUGGCAUUCAACAAUGCAAAGGAUAUUAUAGCUGUCGGUUUUGAUCCCGCUAAUACAUUUGUGUUUAACGAUUUGGAUUUUAUUGGACAAUGCCCAGCGUUCUACCAAAAUAUGUUGCGAGUACAAAAGUGCGUCACAUUUAACCAAGUUAAGGGUAUCUUUGGUUUCGGAGACUCGGACGUGAUCGGCAAAAUUACCUUCCCUUCUAUAGAAGCGGCGCCAGCGUUCUCUACUAGUUUUCCAUUUAUAUUUGAAAAUAAAGUUUUACCCUGUCUAGUACCAUGCGCGAUCGACCAAGACCCAUACUUCCGUAUGACUCGAGACGUAGCUGCGCGUCUAAAACUGCCGAAACCAGCGCUUUUGCACGCGGCUUUCCUCCCCGCGUUACAAGGCGCUCAGCAUAAGAUGUCCGCUAGUGACCCUAACGCGUCAAUAUUUCUGAAUGACACCCCUAAGCAGAUUAAGAACAAGAUAAAUAAAUACGCAUUCUCCGGCGGUCAGCCAACUGUAGAGGAACACAGAGAGAAGGGUGGAAACAGUGAAGUGGAUAUAUCUUAUAAAUACCUUACUUUCUUCCUUGAAGAUGACGAGAGAUUAGCUGAAAUUAAAAAAUCCUACGAAUCCGGAGAGCUAUUAACUGGCGAGUUAAAGAAAAUAGCCAUAGAUACAAUAACACCUAUCAUCCAAGACUACCAGGCGAGACGGGCGAAAGUCACGGACGAAGUUAUGCAGGAAUUCUUCAAAAUACGCAAAAUUAAUGUCUGAUUGUAAAUGUUGUUAUAAAUAGAUUUAAUACAUUGUGCUAUGUGAUUAAGGAAAUAUCAACAAGAAUGGUUAAUAACUGCUUAAUACCAUAUUAUUUUGUAAUAUGUGAAUGGUCGAAUAGCUUUUUAAAUACUUAAUAGAUUUUUUUUCUCUGGUAUGGUUCCGUACGUCUUAGUUAAGGUGGUUCAAUAUUGAAUAUUAUAGUCGGGGUAGGAGAAGAACUUGAAGACUCAUUAUGAGACGACAGACUUAAUUUAACAUAACGACCGUUCUGCGAUUCGUUCAAAGAGUCUUCUAUGGCUCUCGCCAAUAUUAAAACUAACAAAAGCUGCUAAGGCCACCAGUCAACGGUCGCGACGACGUGAUUGGCCGGCUUGUGAGGCAGCACACUCGUUGGUGAAUAAGAGCUAGCCCGCAAGAGCAACUUUUGUCUCCGCAACUAUUUUGUCUAUCCCAUCAACUCUAUGGGGAGUUGCGUCGCUACGUGCGCGCACUUUCUUACUAGCCCAUAGAGUUGAUGGGAGAGACAAAAUAGUUGCGGAGACAAAAGUUGCUCUUGCGCGCUAGCUCUAACGGUUUGGCACUAUACUUACCCGCCCGGGGUAAGCGGCGCUAAUAGGGGUAAGUUACCCCUAUUGGUUCGCUUACAACGACCAAGAUUACGUUCGGAAACAAGUACACCCGAUAGAAAAUAUAUUGCAUUUUAAGUUCUCUAAAUGACAUACCAAACUUUUCGAUAUGAUGCAAAAAUUAUACUAGUUAAACAAUCCAGAAACUAUUUUAUCUAUUUUUUUUAAUUGUAAGUAAUUUAUUUAAAUUCUGCAUUUAUCAUUUUCGUGUACCAAGGUAUCAGAGGCCUAGUGUUCUUGCUAAAUUACAAUCUUCUUCUUAGAUAUGUUUUUACAAUAUCCAGUCACCUUUUACGAUUAUGUUUCAUAAUAUAUUUGUUAAUGUAUUGUACUUAUAAUUAAAAUCAUAUUUGAAUGUCAGCAUACGAACAUUGCAUAGAACUGCUAGUUAACAUAGUUCAUCACAUAUUGUUUUAAGAUAUUUGAGGCAUGGUUAUUUACAUGAUUUAUAUAAAAUUCCUUUCAUGUAAAAUGUUGGGAUUUAGCAAAAUUAUGUUUUAAGAAACUUUUUAUCGCAAAGAGCAUAAUAUGGCAAGUGCAUUUUCAUUUGCCUGUUUGUAAACAGUAGGCAAACUAAGUUUAUUAUAAAUUUAACCUCAAUUACAAUUUCCUAUUGAAUAGCUAUAAUAUAAUGUAUUUAUUAAUUACAGUGCUUAAAGCACGCGAAUUAUUUUUGCUGGUCAAUAAAUUGCAAUCACGAA